GCGGGAAGCUUCGCCGGCCGGCCGCUACGCAGCGCCACGCUUACGGUGAAACGCGCGCGCCAGCGCGCGCACCUGUUCGCGAGGGUAGACAGGUGCGAGCGUGGACGCACCCCGAGCGGAUCGGUGCCCGUCGGGAGACUGGAUCAGACGAUCAGACGCCGUCGCCGCCGCUGGGACUCUUUGCCGCCGCCGUCGCGUCGUGCGACCAGGACGGGAGGAGGGAGCAGCAACACCGCAUCAGCUGACGGAGCGGCGUGGCCGCUUCGCUCGCGCUCGCCCGUCGAACCAUCAGUGACGUUGUUCAUCGACGUUUGCGACGUCGACAAGGACUUCUCGCUCGCCGCCGCAUCAUUGGAUUUGCGCUUGACCUUUUCAAAGUGUACAGUGCCUUCGUGCUCGAACCGUGUGCUUUCGGUUUCGGAUCUUCCCUCAUGAGGCAUCGGCGACGUCCGGCGACCGGAUUGUGCGGCGAGGUUGUGCGGUGGCCCUUGUGAUCCGUUGAAGUAAGAGUCCUGCCUCAACGUGUGUUCAUUCUGUCUCAACGUGUGACCGAUGCAUCUGGGACCGUAGAACGUGUGCGUCCCGUUGCCCACACUACAGAGCACGCGCGCGCGGAGUGUAGUGCCUGAGACGUCUUCCCUGUCGUUGUGCUGUGUGUUUCUUUUGCCGACGGUGUGGUGACAAGGUGGUGCCGCGAGAUGCUCGCCGGAACUCAGUCGACCUGGGGUUGCCCGCCCGUUCACAUAAUGGGUCUCGGCGAUGGACCACGGGCUGCCGACAUGGCCGACUUCCAGGACGUCUGGCAGGAUAUUGAGAGCGUGCUUCUGGACGACAUCAGUGGGGCGAGGCACGCAGCGUCGGGCGUCAAGCCAGAGCCGGAGACACAAGUCAGUCGCGACGUCGUCUACGAAUACAAGACCACCGAGGCCCGCAGGGACCAAGCGCCGUCCGUCCUACCAGCCAACAGUGCCAUCCUGGUCGCCGCACUGAUGGCUCCCGUUCCGAACCGACCGCCAUCGCUGCAACGGCAACCACCGAGCGUCGCGCCGCCUACGCAGCCGUCGCUGCCGCCGCAAGACCCACCGCAGACGAGACAAGAGUCGUCGCCCGAAGACCAGAGCGCCAACCCACUGAACCCUUCGACGUCGUCAACGGGAUUCGUCACGCUAGACUUCGACUUCAUGCUAAACUCAGACGACGCCGCCCUGUACCCCGAAGUAAACUCGUACGAUGCCGAGACCGAGCUCAAGCCUCAGCACGAGCAGCAACCCCACGAGCAGCAACAGAGGCACGAACAGUCCGAGCAGCAACAGCAGCAACCGUUCGCAAGCAGCGUGGCUUCGACGAACAGCGCAGCCCCCUCCAUUGACCACCUGACGUACCAGCAGUCUGCAGCUCAGACAAUGAAGGCGGAGGCCACGGCCAAUCCUUUCGACAUGUCGUCCAUGCUGUCCGGCUCCCAGUACACAGCCCUCUGGGCCAACUACCAAAGCGCGAACCCUCUGCAGACGCCGCCGUCUAGCCAGAUGUCGCCGCCAGCGUCACCGGACCACUCGCAGCUGGGACAGCCGCAGCACGCGGGGGCCCACUUGGACGGCGGGAGCCAGUACCAGACCACCCUGCCCUCGAUGCACUCGAUGGCAAUGAAGGCCGACGAUAUCCUCAGCCAGUGCCUACAGCAGCCGCCCCAGCAACACCACGGCAAGCAGCAGACGCCCCCGCACUUACGCAUGGUGACCCCACCUUCAUCGCCGAGGUUAGCGGACCUCCUGAGCGCCGGCACCACGAUGGGACCUCCGAAUCACUUCCCGGCGACGCCGCUCACGCCCGACAUUCACAUGACCGACCCGUACUGCCGGUCCUCGCCGCUCGUUGGGCCCAAGAAGUCCCACCAGCAACAUCAUCAGCAGCAACAACAGCAGUCGCGGACAGCAGUGAGUCGAAAGAAGGUGACCAUCCACACCUGUUCGCACCCCGGAUGCAGCAAGAGCUACACCAAGAGCUCGCACCUCAAGGCCCACCUGCGGACACACACGGGCGAGAAGCCCUACCAGUGCAACUGGAAGGAGUGCGGCUGGAAGUUCGCCCGCUCCGACGAGCUCACGAGGCACUACCGCAAGCACACCGGCGACCGGCCGUUCCAGUGCCGCUUGUGCGAACGGGCUUUCUCGCGCUCCGACCACCUAUCGCUGCACAUGAAGCGCCAUACGUCACUGUGAGCUGAUCCUCAGCACAAUCCACCGCGAAGUUUGUCGCCAAGGCGAACAAACCAAUUCCUCGUUGUUAAGUUUUGCUCCGAGACACUCGGAUUGUGCGACGUCUGUUCCCCAACGACGCGAGCAGUCCCCGACUGCGUUCCGUUCCAGUGCUCCCACUCAUAUUGUCCUCCCCGGUGCUGACCAAGCUCCCUUGUACCGCCCUAUCCCUCCGCGACCGCGCCGUGGACUAGCGUGUCGUGGCUUUCCCUUGUUCUACCUGAUGCUCCCAAGUGCAAGAGUUUGCGAUGCCCCCCUCGGCCGAGCUGAAGGACACUUCUUCGGUGCCAGCUCGCCACUGCGCGUGCGCCGUGGCGCGUGAACUGUGCUGCUUGCGCGCGCGUUGGUCACGCGAAAGUGAUUGACCUUGACUGGGAUGCACUUCGCCCAUCCAGAUUCAAAAUAUAGUGUUGUGUAUUCUCUCGCUUUCCUUAGCGAAGGACGUCCAUUUCGUCCACAUACUUAAUUUUGCUUUUUCUUUGUUCGUGAUUUCGCUCCCUUCUAGGAGAGCCAAUGUUGUUCAGUGUGCAAUAGUGUCCGGUUUAAUCUUGUCUUAGAAAUGUGUGCGUGUUAAAGCCAGUCGUCACGUGCUGUUGUAUUUGCUAGUUCUUAGAGACGUUAAGCUGUAUAACGGGACCAAUGGUAGAAUACGUAGUACAUCAGGUCAAGCGUCCUUGUUGCUCGAGGAGUGCAAUGAAGGAAAAAAAGAACAAGAAAACAACUCUGAUCAGGCAAGGUUGCCUUCUCCAUAUUUCGGCCUAGAACCCCGAGCACGGAGAGUGCGAUCCUGUUUGGCGGAGUAAUAAGAGAAUGUGCGAAGCUGAGGACCAUUAAGAAUUGCGGAUAUAGCUUAGCACGAACCUUCAGAAUUACAUGUUCGAACGACCAAGCUUGGCUUAUUUAUGCAUGUGCUUCGAUGUGCCUUAGAGACUUAAAAAUUAGAGACACCCACCUGCUUUCAGGUGCGUUAGAACGUUGCAUGCAUAGCAAAACGUUUUUAGGCUAUACUUACAACGUGCUUCGUGUAAACGUGCUUGUGACGUAAGAUAGUACGCUUUAAGCUUGUCGAAGUAUGCAAUCCUGACGCACAAGUGAUCGUCACUUAGCUUGAGCUUCCUGUGAGCACCACGUGCCUGUUUGAAACAUGCCUUCAGUGUUCGUCUUCGAUGUUGCUGCAGUAAACCUUCAGCACGGUAAAUCAGUCCACGGUAUAUCGUGGUACAGUUCACUAAUGCUUAAAUAAGUGAGCAGAUAACUCUAAGUACAGGACAGUAUUCUUAAGAUAAAGAAGGAAGUUAUCCUUUGGUUGCGUUUGUAAGAACGUGCGAAUCUGCUCAACACAGCGCAGAAUACCGUUCAAGGUAUGCAGAGAUUAUUUCCCGUCUCAGUUUUCAUAUCUGGUUCUAUAUUUGAAUAGAUGAAUAAAACUAGACAGGGCCUGGAAUAUACGAUGAAAUAAGGAGAAAAAUACAAGUUGUUGGCGCUUAGUAGGCGCGAAGAGGCUUUGUACAUACACAGUAUAGUGCAGUUGUUAAUAUAUAAUUUGUUCGUUGUUUCGUUUUUUACAGUGUGUCAGUUUACGUUGAUGGAAUACUUAACGCAUAUAUCUAUCAUAUCCACGUCGCA